CAGCCCCAAAUAAAGCAGAGCGGGCUCCCGCCGCAAGCCCCCGAACACCCAACUCGAUGAAAUUUAGAGCAGCUGUCACACAGCAAAAGCCCCGGGCUGCUUCUCGGCGCGGAGCAGCGGAGCUGCCGCGGGCUGAGGCGAGUGAGCAGGAGCCGGAGCCGAGAGCAGCUGCUGCUACUGCGGGAGCCAGCGCGGGCGCUGCAGGAGGAUAAGGAAAGUCUCGCGGAGAAGAGGCCUGCGCUGAGAGGCCGACUUGCCGUGAGCCUGGCGUAACUUCGGCUUCCCAGUCAGCCCCCGGAGAGCCAGGCUGAGUGACAAACCGCGCGGGGGGCUCCCGGCACGGUGAGUCCUUCGCUACCUGCGCAGUUUCAAGCGAGGGAGAGAGAAACGGGGUUUUCUUCAAACGCUUCUUGGGUUUUGUGCUUCUCUUUAAAGUCACACUGGAGGAAUAUUAGCUGAGACUAUUUCAAACAUUGAAUCUAUCUCCCCUUAGUCAACUAAUAGGACCAGAGCAUCCUAUCUAUGGCCAGGGUAUGUUUCAGCGAAAGACAAGCAAGUCCACUGGCCCUUCGGCUAGUGCAGAAGAGACACAGAAGAAAGAUACUGCAAUGAUAAAUUUGACUAGACAUGAAAAGGAAAAAUAUAUUCCCAGUGAUGAACCUUCUUCAGCAAGUGCAGCUGGUGACGAGAAAGAGAAACCUGCGUUAGAAACCAAAAAAGAACGUGCACAUUCAGGACAUGGAAAAAUUGCUCAGGCACAUGACCUGAAGGCAUCCCUGACCAGCCACGAUUCCCAUAAAAACUGUGAAGUAAAGCUGUCAGCAUCAAGUAGCUCUUCAGCAAAGGAGUCAUCUGUAGACAAUGAGGAGGACAUGUACCGUGAUGCAGAAGAAAUAGAGAGAGAAAAAGUAUUACCUGUUUGUGAGACAGGCUCCUCAGAAAAUAAACUCAGUGUUGCACCUGAAAUGGACAUCAUAGAGUACUGCCAAAAAGAAUGGAGAGGAAAUACACCGGCGGCAAAACGUAUGAAAAAGGGAUAUGAAGCAGUUUCUCAGAAGUUUACCUCUAUAAGGAGAGUGCGAGGUGAUAACUAUUGUGCUCUCAGAGCAACAUUGUUCCAGGCACUGAGCCAAACUUCUGAACUUCCUGACUGGCUUCAGAGUGAGGACUUAACGUUGCUUCCAGAAAAACUGCUGAGCAAAUACGAUUGGAUCCAACAGUGGCAGCUAAGACAGAAACUGGGCAGGAAGAUGGGAGAACUAAGUGACGAAAUUAAAGACUACUUAAUACUUCUAAGGAAGAAGUGGGAGAGUAUGAGUGAAAUGAAAAGUCCUGUAGAGAGACAAGCAGCUUGUGAUGAAUUGUUUACAAAUGAAGAGGAGGAGUACAGUCUCUAUGAAGCUGUGAAAUUUUUGAUGCUGAACACAGCUAUUGAAUUAUAUGAUGAUGAUAAAAAAGGAAAGAAAGUACCAGUGUUCUCAUGGCUAUUGUUUGCCCGGGAUACAUCCAGCAACCCCAGUCAGCUAAUGAAUAAUCACUUGAAUCAAAUAGGUCACACUGGAGGCCUUGAGCAAGUGGAAAUGUUUCUUCUUGCAUAUGCUCUGCAGUAUACCAUCAGAGUUUAUCGAUUGUAUAAAUACAGCACUGAUGAAUUCAUCACACUUUAUCCCAAUGACCCAGAGGAGGACUGGCCUGUGGUGACUCUUAUAACUGAAGACGACAGACAUUAUAAUAUUCCAGUCAGAAUGUGUGAAGAGACUAGUUUGUAAACAAGAUUUUGGCAGAUUUAUAAAUUUGAUAUCCAAAUCUGACCUGGACGUUAAAUUUCCAACACUAUUUUGAAAUAAAGUCAUGAUGAGAUUUACAUGAUGAAA